ACCCUGGGCUGGAAGCACUGGGAAUGAAUUCUCAGCCAAUCAGAUUGUGGGGCGUGACACCAGGAGCAUGGGCGAGGGCAUGAAGCCAGAGAACUGGGUGGGGAAUGGAGGGGCAACAGCUCCGGAGCCCAUUGGGGUGGCAUUGGGACAGGGGUGCUUGGGAGAGACACCACUGGUCACAAUCCUGUAAGUGGGGACUGGAUGAACACGAGUGAAUGUCACCACGUGCCUGAGGGAUCCCAGCAGGCCAGGGCCAAGGACUGAAGUGAGAUCCCUCCAUCUGGUCCCUCCAGGGCCUGGUGAGGGGAUAUAAGGGGGGAAUCCUGAUCCGGGGACCCCACAACCGGUUCUAAACAAUGGAGGCAAUGUCUUGACUGACAGGUCUGGGAGGAACUGUGUGAGCUCCCCUUAGAGAGAGGCUUGCCAUGUUCAGACAAUCUGCAUGGGGCCAGGAGGUGACUGGCCCUGCAAACCAGCUGCCCAGCCACCCCAGAGGGGCCUGGUCCCAACCCAGCGCUUGCCUGGAGCCCAGAUGGAUCCAGCAGCUUCUCCCUGUGCCGGGGCACCGCAGCCCACAGGGCAUCUUCAUGGCAGGGAUGGGCCUGGCACAGCCCCAGAUCGGCUGGAGAGUCCGGAGCAGGGUGUGCGGGGAGCCAGGGCCAGGACCCCCGCCCCAGCUCGGCUUCGCUGCUGCUGAAUCGGACCCAGUCACAGAGAGGAGCCGACCGCAGCGCAGCGUCUCCAGCAGCGUGUGCAGCCUGAGUGUCGCUGAGAGAGACGAUGGGGCCAGCAGCUGGACCUGCUGGGAGCGAAGAGCCGUGGCAGGAGUGGCCUGUUGAGGGCAAUGGACACCUGGAGGCUGGUGGGGAGCCAGAUCCUUGUCCUAACUGCAGGAAAUGUAACUACAAGACACGUACAAUUGCGCUCGCAGUCCCCCUCGCAACCAUGUUCUUAGUUCUCAUCAUUCUCCUGGCAGUGUGGAGACCUAAGCUUCCAUCAGCUGAUCUGGGCCCCCCAGCUUGCCCCACGUGCCCAGACGGCUGGAUCGGAUACCGAGGGAAAUGCUACUAUUUCUCUGAGGCCGAAAGGAACUGGACCUUCAGCCUGACCUACUGCUCUGCGCUCAGCGCCUCCCUGGCUGAGAUGAACAGUGAGCAGGAAAUGGCUUUCCUGCUGCGCUAUAAAGGCAAAUUUGACCACUGGAUCGGCCUCCGGAGGGACCCUGGGCAGCUCUGGAAAUGGGCCAAUGGCACCAAAUUCAACAACCUGUUUGUGAUAAGAGGAGGAGGUGACUGUGCGUAUCUGAAUGAUGAGAAUGGGGUCAGCAGCUUGCGUUGCACCAGUGAGAGACACUGGAUCUGCACCAGACCCGAUGCAUUUACACAGGCACAGGAGGCUGCCGUGAUAGGGGGCUCAUAAGGAGAGUACUGUGGAAUUAGUCCUCGAAAAGCCGGACUGAUCUCUUUACAAUAUCACAAUAUCGGGGAAUGCUCUGCGCAUCACUGGGCAGAGCACUGUGGACUCAGGUGAAAACCAGAGAUGCUAUUUGCACAUCUUGUCCCCCCACCCGUGCCGUCUCUUUUUCCGCCAGUGGAACGGCUCAAAUCCAGCCUUUCCUACCCCUCCUCAGCUGGACCAGGAACUCUGCCUAACUGAGCCAAGGCACCAGCCUCCGCUUUCACUGCCCUGACAUUCCCCCACAGAAGCUUUUUACUAUAGAAAAUGAUCUAUGCAAUCUUCUAAAAAUAUUCAUCAUUCCCAUUCUAUUGUCUGGAAUAGAGCUGAGGGGGGAUGUUCUCCAUUCUCUCCCCCCCUCCCCGCCCCAAGAAACUUUUUAACAAGAUUUUUUUAUGGGUCAGUUUUUGGGGUGUUUUGAAAACCCAAUUGAUUUUGAAGUUUGCAGGUUUACACCACCAGUUCCUGGUUUUUGUUGCCAGAUAUUGCUUUGGAUGAAAGAAUGAAUGUUUAAAACUGGUUUUAAUUUUCCAUUUUUAGUUUUAAGAGUGCUGCACCUGCCAAGGGAGUAGAACCCCUGUUACACUCCUCAUGGGACACCUAGGGCCUGGAACGUAGGAGUAAGAGGAGAAAUGUCUGUUCUCUCCCUUCCUGGAGCCCAGGGGGCUUGAAAAGGGCAGGGAGGGGGUCGGUGUGACACAGACAGACCAGGUGCCAGGUCAUGCCAAAGUCCCCAUGUCUGCUAUAGAUGCUUUGUAGCUUAGUUGAGUAUAUAUGUUCACCUGCUUUAGCCUUGUAAAUAAUUCUUAUUUCCUUUUUAAUAAAGUGUCAUAUAAUAA